AUGAUCCAUGCAUCUAAACUCUCCAAAAUAAUCAAAAGAAGAACGAAAACCCGCAACACAAAACAUCACCACGACACCAAAAAAUACAAAAUCUUGAAAAAAUUAAUUGCAGAAAACAAAUUCCAAAUAACGAACAAUAUCAAGAUCAAAAAAAAUGAUAAAAUAUUCAAAUAUUGGCGUAAUAGAAAUACAUUAUUCAGUAAGAUUAACACGAACAAGAUUUAUAUGACUGAAGAAUUAUGGUUCAGCGUUACUCCUGAACUUAUUGCCAAAUUCAUUUCCAAUUACAUAAAAGCAUGUCUUUCAUCAUUCUCGCCGAAUGAAAUGGGGAAUAAAUACAAUGGUUUAACGAUUUUGGAUGUGUUUUGUGGUGGUGGUGGUAAUACUAUUCAAUUCGCUAUGGAUUUCCCUCGUGUUUAUGGUAUUGAUUCAUCUAUUGAACAUAUUUAUUGUACUAUUAAGAAUUCACAAGCUUAUAAUGUGGAUGAUAGGAUAUAUCUUAAAUGUGGUAAAUUAGAGAAGAUUAUUAAGCGGGACACGUUUGCGAAGGAGAAAAUUCAUGUGGAUUGUGUUUUUGCUUCACCUCCAUGGGGUGGACCUGAAUAUUUAAAGGAAGAUACUUACGAUUUGGAGAAAUCUUUGAAACCAUUUGGAUUGUAUAAAUUAUUGAAGAAAUUUUUCCAAAUUUCCAAAAAUGUUAUAUUGUUUUUACCCCGUAAUUCAAAUUUGUAUCAAUUGUCCAAUACUACUAGGAAAUUGUUAGGUCCUGGGGGAAGAUGUAAAGUGUUGUAUGUUAAAAUCAAUGGUUAUAUGAAGGGUAUGUUUUGUAUAUGGGGUGAUCAAUUAAUAAAUUAUGGAGAACAAGUUAGUGGUGAUGUAGUUGAGCUAAAUACAAAUGAUCAAAAUAAAAACGAAGCUAAUAAUGAUGCUAGUAAUGAAAAAGAAGAAGAAGUAAAUUCAAAAUCCAUUGAUGAGGUAUAUUAUGACAUUGAUGGUUGA